AUGUCGGAAAACACCGACCUCGCCGAAGAAAUCGAAGCCAUAAACGCCAUCUACGACCCUGACACCCUCGUCCCAACCACUACCACUACAGACCAACAACCCACCGCGACAACCCUCCGCCUCCAACUCCCCGACCACCCCCACCUAUCCUUCCUCCUCGCCUGCGACACCACAUACCCCGACACCGCGCCGCGCAUUCUCGGCACCGCAUCGACCGCCGCCCGCGGCCAAGGCCAACUCGCCGUCGACGCGCUACACGACGUGCUCGCUCGCGUGCACCACCCGGGCGCCGUCUGCCUCUUCGACCUUAUUAGCGAGGCCAGUGAUGCCUUCCGGGAAUUGCGCAUUGGCGAGGAUGUCGCCGCGGACAAUACCAAUCAUCACGACCAACAAGCAGAAGAGAGGGUAGAUGAGGAGGAACAAGAGACAAGGGACGAGGAGGCACUCAACGAAACCCACCCCCCACCCCAAUGGACCCUCUCAGACGUCAUAUCGGAGAAGAAGUCCGUCUUCGUGGCGCGCGCAGCCCGCGUCCACAGCGGGGCGCACGCCCAGUCCUGCAUCGACCACCUACUAGCGACAGAGAAGAAAGUCGCCGCCGCGACGCAUAAUAUCAGCGCGUGGCGUGUGAAGGAGACGCGGGCGGGCGGCAGGGGUGAUGCCGGUGAGGUGAUGAUCGUGCAGGAUUUCGACGACGACGGGGAGGCGGCCGCUGGGGGACGGCUACUACAUCUAAUGCAGCUGAUGGAUGUGUGGGAUGUGGUGGUCGUCGUUACGCGGUGGUAUGGUGGGAUUCAUCUGGGGCCGGAUCGGUUCCGCAUUAUCAAUGCUGCUGGGCGUGAUGCGUUGGUGAAGGGGGGUUUCAAUUUGGAGACGGGUGCUGGCGGUGGUGGUCAGGAUAAGGGGAAGAAGAAGGGGAAGAGGUGA